AUUCAGCUUUAUUGUUACCCUAGGCAGGUGCAUACAGCCUAUUAAAAGUUUUGAAUUCGGGACGAGGCCUUAUACUGUAGUACCAGGCCUAGGCCUCCUCAGCUUGAGUAUUAGUUACGUUAAUUUGCUUUUCACCGCUCGGCACACAGCUGAUCCAGAUUCCAUCAUUCCACCCUACUAGAUUGAUACCUGCCUGAAUACGUGACUCAUUCAUUAAGUUCGGACAAAGCAUAUCAUCAUCCUUUUUUUUCUUCCGACAACGCACAAUUAUCGCAAUCAGUUUGGACUACAGUAUAGUCAAGAAACGUUUCUCAUCACCGCGAAAAUUGACAUUACGGAAAUUUGACAUCUUUCGUGCAACCGAACAUCGAGCGAUGCAACAGUACUACCCCAGCGCUCCUCCCGAUUAUCCGGGCGCCCCACCGGCCUACGGGCAGGCAACGGGAUCCUUUCCCGCUUCUCUCACAGCCGUUGGUCUGCAAGCGGUGGAUUUCUUGCCGCUCAUGACAGCCGAAGACGGCCCAUCCGACCGCCCCGAGUACGAACGCUUCAACAUCCUGGUCGAGCGGGCCAACCACUUCCUGCGCGACAAUCCCCAUUGCACCGUCAAUACCUGCGAAAGCGUGGAGUUCAGCGUCUGCGAUGGAGGAUGGGAGAUCGACACGGUGCAAUCAGUCUUCGUCGCUUACGGGGACAGCAACAACCGCUACAUCCGCGGUCUGCGCUUGUGGAUACAGCCGCGGAGCACGUCAGCAGCAGUGAGCCAGUUCGAGCCCGAUCAGAUCGGCUACGUGAAUUUCCUCCCCGAUAUUCAGCGCGAUGAUGCGCCGCAACGAUUGGACAUCGUUCUUGAGCGCAUCAACCGCACGCAGAUCAAAGGGAGAAUCAUUACGGUGGAGACGCAGCCCAUCAAAUGGGGCAACAGUGCACUAGAUCCAGAUCGGACGAUCUGGACGGAGCGGGGCAUGGCAAGAGAUCGUUUCAUUAAUCUCGUCCGCAUCUUCUACAUCCGCGGCGCCGUGGAACACUUGCAGGUGGGCUUGGAGGAUUUUGUACCGGCCGUCCUGGAGAAGGCCACCGCCUCCUCCAACCCGCGCAUGGAGACCUUCCCGAUGGUGAUGCAGCGCGUCCAGAAGUGGUUGUUAUCGGUGCCGCCUCACUUCCGACCCGUUAACGUCCAGACGGUCAUGUUUCGCUGGAGCUACAACAAGGGCAUCGACACCAAAGAUAUGACGUACCACGAGAACAAGACAUUGCUCAAUUAUCUCCGAUUUCUGCGGGUGGCGUACGUCAUCGAGAACCCGGACAGCGGUCCCGUAUCGCGUUCGACCAUCCAGCUGGGCUCUAAACUGAUGGUUCCGGAGAUGAUUCAACAACCGGUGUUCUUGGAUCAGGAGGCUGUUGCCAAACUGCGCCAAGCCGCGCAUGAUGCUGCCGCGGCAUCGAAAACUGCCGCCUUCGAAUCGCGGAAUGCUUCGAUAAAAUCCGGCGAGACGGAUUUGAUAUCCUUGGAGGCUGCGUUGAAAUCGCAGGAGUCCGCCUUCACGAUGCAGCAGGUUGCUUUGAAAGCGCAGGAGGCUGCGUUUAGACUACAGGAGUCUGUCACACGAUCGCAGAAGGGCGAGUUUGAAACGCAGGAAUCAUGUCGUCGGCGGCUGGAUGCGUGGCUAAAGACGACCGGGGCAGGCGUCGUCUCGGUGGAGACGCUGGUGAUGCGCAUCGUCGGUGGCGGGGAGUCCGUGUAUGGCUUUGAUGCUAUGCACACCUGGAACGAGAUGCACUUGUCGCUCUCGGGCACUCGCAAUUUAACCAAACGCGACGAUGAGCGUUUCGCGUUGAUGUAUCGGAUUUACACCGACGAAAUUGUGCCGGAACCUGGUGGUACGGUGGCGAAAUCGCGGUUGGAAAACUUUACGAUCUAUUCUGGUAGCGGGGAACGUGAUUACGCUAAAUUCUCGCACAAAUCGUGAAGGAUAUCCGUUAUCUGCAUCAUGCUUCGUUGACUUUCUUGCCGGUUUUUUUGGCAGCGAUCUGCUAAACUAUUCAUUCUCUUUUUGAGAUGUUUCAUUGAAUUUUUAUUUUUUUUCCAGCGUAUUUUAUAAUUCAGUACACUGCCUUCCGGUGAACGGUUAAAGCGGAUAGUUUUUAAUUGUGCUCGAUAGUAUUUAGAAAAAAUCGAAGGAACGUAUACGGUAUACGUGACGUAUACGUAUACUUUCUAGUAGGAAUAUAAAUAAAUCAUUGAUAGCCGUUGCUUUAUGUGAUGAAGUGUCAUAAGUCAUUAUUGUUGAUGUUAUGUUGUUACGUUGUAUUUUAGUACGAAGUAGAAAUGCGGAAUUAAACCCAGAGUAAAACUA